AUGGGGAGCAGUAGUUCAGCACUGAAAGUUUGCACUGAUCACCAGGGAGGCAUCAAUUGGCUCAGCCUCAGUCCAGACGGGCAGUGGCUAUUGACAGGCAGUGAAGACGGCACUGCCCGGCUCUGGAGCACGGCUGACAGUCAGUGUCGGGCCCAUUUUCAAGGGCAUGAAAGCUACAUCACCUUUUGUCACUUAGAAAAUGAAGUUGCUUUCACAUGCAGUGCAGACCACACCAUCAGAAAGUGGGAUGUGAUGACAGGUCAAUGCCUGGCUGUUUACAGAGGUCACACGUCCAUUGUGAACAGGAUCCUGGUUUCCAAGGAUUAUCUCUUCAGCGGCUCCUAUGAUAGGACAGCACGUUGCUGGAGUAUGGAUAAGGAGAAGCCCAUCCAGGAGUUCCGGGGCCACCGGAACUGUGUCCUGACUUUGGCUCUCUACUCCUCCAGGGAUGUCCUCGAGGAUUCAGAAGAAGAAGAGUUGGAGGAGGAGAAGCUGAGCAGGGACUUCCUGGUGACAGGGAGCACAGACUGCACGGUCAAGGUCUGGUGGGUGUCCAGCGGGCGUUGCCACCAAACCCUGCUGGGCCACACUGGGGCCGUCUUAUGCCUUAUACUUGAUGCUCCGAAUAGGGAGCUCUUUUCAGGCAGCACUGAUUACACCAUUCGGACAUGGAACAUUGUGACUGGCGAGCAAUUGAGAGUGUUCAAAGAACACCAAGGAUCGGUUAUUUGCCUAGAGCUUGUGAAUCGAUGGUUAUAUUCAGGGAGCGCAGACCGGACGGUGAAAUGCUGGUUGGCUGAUACUGGGGAACGAAUCCGGACAUACAAGCCUCACAAACACAGCGUCAGUACUUUGAAAUACCAUGCUGGGAUAUUGUUUACAGGAAGUGGCGAUGCCUGUGCCCGAGCUUUUAAUACGAAAUCCGGCAUGCUUCAAAGAGUGUUUCGAGGACACAAACUGGUUAUUAACUGCAUCCAGAUUCACAAUGAACUAUUGUACACAGCUUCCCACGACGGCUCGCUAAGGAUCUGGGACAUACGGCAGAUCUGCAAGCGGAACAAGCGUCGCUUGAAGGACAGGACUAUCCAGGCCAGGCGCUCUCAGAAGGGAAGCUUGUCUCGACUCUUCAACAACAAAGUGGGCUGCAUGGUGCACCAGGAAAAUGGAGGAGAGCCGGAGGCGGUGGAGCUUGUGUGA